AUGCAACAUGGCUCUGCAAGGUUUUACUUCCUCCUCCUCCUCUAUUCUGUCAUCUCAACUGACCCAGAGGAGGAGGUGAUGUUGGAAGUCAUAACUGUGAGCUCCCCCUGCAGCACAACCUGUGGGGUGGGGAUUAAAAAUCAAACUCUCUGUUUGCUUAAAGAUGGCAAAACAUCAAUGGAAGAAAAGGAAAUAACUCAAUCCAAGGUGUCAGAGAAGUGUCGAGUCCGUAGAGUGAAGUGUCUGGAGUCAUGGCAGUGCGGACUCAGGACAAUGACAGUGACAUCAGGGGAAAAAGUGGAAAUUAACUGUCUAGGAGAAGUCAUGGAGGUGAUGGGGAGAUACUCCUGGAGGGUGUCAUGGCGCUACGCUCGAGGAAUAAUCAGCUCUGAUGACUCUCUCUUUGAACGCUGGGAAGCCCCUAAUCUGGACAGAGUGAUUCUGGAUCCUGUUUCAGAGGAAGAUGCAGGUACAUAUUGUUGUGAUGUUCAAGAUACCAACUUCCGAAGAGUGAAAAGGAUUUACUGGGGCCUGCGAGUUUUACCCAUUGGGAUUUUCAAUUUCGACUAUGAAAGCUCUGUGGCUCAGUCGGAACUGGGGGAAAGCCAGCAGAAUCCAGUUUUACUACACCAGGGCCCAGGGACAGUUCUUUGUGCGGUGGGUGUGGUUUGGCAGUGA